UGACCUGUAUUUAACUGUCUAAGCUGAUACAAAACAUCUACAGCUUGGUAAUACAAAAGUAAUGUGUCAGUGUUUAUUUCACAUACUCUGCUUCCUGUACCGGAAUGUAAUCUGAGAGUGGUUUUGCUCCAGCAUAUUGGGCAAUAUCCAAGCUUGUCUCUAUAUAACGCAGGGACUUGUAUCGGCUGCUGUCAGUCCAGUUCUCUCCUUCCUCCUCAUAGCGUCUAUUACCCACAGUGCUCUGGGCGGCGUGUCACUGUUGCUAGCCUGGGAAAGGGAACUGGGGCAGCGCUCAGUGUUCUGCAGUCCUGGCACUAUAAGGCCACCCUAGCUAUGGUGCUUUUAAACUGCUUCCUAAAUACUUGACAGAAAAGAGCCAAUUUUAACAUUAGUUUACAUUCAUCAUUGGUAUUGCUCAAAGAGAUUGCAUAAUGGAUGAGAAGGCUCGGAGUCUACUGCUUCAGAAUCGAACAGCACUUGUGAGGGACAUUCGCACAGCUUACAUUAUGGAUCAUAUGAUAAGUGAUCAGGUUAUUACCCCAGAGGAGGAGGCCCAAGUAAAAUCUCAGCGUACUCAGAUGGACAAAGCAAAUUUCCUUAUCAAUUUAAUUCUUGGCAAAAGCAAUCAGGCAUAUGUUUCUUUCUAUAAUGCUUUGCUUCAUGAGGGGUACAAAGACCUUGCUGUUCUUCUUAAAGAGGCCGCUAAUGCUGAGCUUUCUGACAGUACCAAGAGUUCAAGCAAUGGAAUUACUUCAUAUGUUAAAACAGUACUAUGUGAGGGUGCUGUACCUCAGAGACCAGUUGUUUUUGUCACAAGGCUGAAGCUUGUCAGUAAGAUACAACAGAGCCUGUAUAAGUUGAGUGUGGAAUCCGGAUGGGUAACCGUGUAUGGAAUGGCAGGCUGCGGAAAAACUGUCCUGGCUGCAGAAGCACUUCGAGACCACAAAAUACUGAAUGAAUGUUUUCCUGGAGGAGUCCACUGGGUCUCUGUUGGAAGGCAAGACAAAGCCGGGCUCCUGAUGAAACUACAAAAUUUGUGCACCCGCCUAGAUCAAGAGGCCAAGUAUUCACAGAGACCUCCAUUAAAUGCGGAAGAAGCCAGAGAGAGACUGAGGCUGAUGGUGAACCGUAUGUACCCUAGGUGCCUCAUUGUUCUGGAUGAUGUUUGGGAUUCUUGGGUGCUCAAAGCUUUUGAUAUUCAGUGUCGGGUGCUCAUUACCAGCAGAGACAAGAGUGUGACUGAUUCACUGCCUGGCUUUAAGGAGGCUGUUCAUGUAGACAGUGAGCUUGAGCAUUCAAAAGGCCUUGAAAUACUCUCACGCUUCCUGAAUAUAAAAGCAGAAGCACUGCCAUCCCAGGCCCAUAACAUAAUUAAAGAGUCCAAAGGUUCUCCUCUUGUAGUAUCUCUGAUUGGAGCUCUGCUACGGGAAUUUCCCACCCGCUGGGAUUUCUACCUCACUCAGCUAAAGAGAAAGCAAUUUAAAAGAAUAAGGAAGUCUUCCUCCUAUGAUUACGAGGCUCUCGACGAAGCAAUGUCAAUAAGUGUGGAUAAUCUAAAAGAAGACUUUAAAGAGUACUACAAUGAUUUCUCCAUUAUAGAAAAGGAUGUGAAAGUUCCCACACAGGUUCUGUGUAUCUUAUGGGACAUGGAACGUGAAGAUGUGGAAGACAUGAUGCAGGAGUUUGUCAACAAGUCCUUAGUAUACUGUGAUCGUAAUGGAAAGUCCUAUUCAUACUAUUUACAUGAUCUCCAACUGGAUUAUCUUACAGAGAGGAAUCGGGACCGACUGACUGUCCUUCACUCCAAACUUGUUGACCAAUAUAAAAAACACUAUUCAAGUAAAUCACCUGCUGUGGAUCAAGAGGAUUCUGUGUAUUGGUAUCAUUACCUUGCUUACCACAUGGCCAAAGCCAAUAUGCACCAAGAUCUUUGCUCACUCUUGUUUUCCCUGAAUUGGUUAAAAGCUAAAACAGAAUUAUUUGGGACAGCCCACCUCAUUCAUGAGUUUGUACAGUAUCGGAAUAUUCUUGAUAAUCAGAAUGCAAAAGCCCGAGAACAUUUUCAAGAAUUUAUUGCUGUGAAUGGUCAUCUUCUUGGGUCGAAUCCGGACGUUAGUAUUGUGCAGCUGGGCCUUGGUCAGGCUGAAGACUCAGAAGUCUACAAGCAAGCUAUUCUGCAAGCCAAAGAAGAACUCCAAUCUGGAGCGCUCUAUGUCAACUGGAUAAACAAGCAAAGUAUGAAGAACCUGCCAACUUUAGUUGUUCGUCCACAUAAAGAUGCUGUUUUCCAUGCAUGCUUUUCUUCUGAUGGACAAAGAAUUGCUUCUUGUGGAGCUGAUAAAACUUUACAGGUGUUCAAGAGUGAAACAGGGGAAAAACUCCUUGAAAUAGAAGCACAUGAUGAUGAAGUGCUGUGUUGUGCAUUUUCUGCAGAUGAAAAGCUUCUUGCCACCUGUUCGGCAGACAGGAAAGUAAAGAUUUGGAAUGCCAAGACAGGAAAACCCUUAAGAGUGUAUGAAGAGCAUAUAGAACAAGUCAACUGCUGCCAGUUCACCAACGGCCUCUCUGCACCACUGCUUGCCACAUGCUCCAAUGACUGCUUAAUCAAGCUGUGGAAUUCUGAGAAGAACUAUUGCCAUAACACUCUUAUUGGGCACAUAGAAUCUGUCUACCAUUGCAGAUAUUCACCAGAUGAUCGGUAUUUAGCCAGUUCCUCUAUGGAUGGCUCAUUAAAGAUUUGGGAUGUAGAGUCUGCAAAUGAGGAGAAGUCAAUUGAAGUUGCAAAGCUUUUUGAAAAUGAAGAUGAAGCGCAGCCUGAAGUACUACUUAAAUGUUGCGCUUGGUCAAAUGAUGGUUCAAGGAUUAUGGUAACAGCUCGCAAUUUCCUGUGUAUUUAUGAUGCUGAGAGAUGCAACCUUUUGUCUCAACUCAAGGCCUGUCAUCAGAUCCUUUACUGUGACUUCUGCACCACUAAUCAGAUUGCAGCCCUUGCUUUGUCACACUACGUAGUUCAGCUGUGGGACAUAGAUUCCUCUACAAAGAUAGCUGACUUCAAUGCACACCUGAGCUGGGUUCACUGUGUGAAAUUUUCUCCAAAGAGUUCUUCAUUCCUGACAUCUUCUGAUGACCAGACUGUGAAGCUUUGGGAAACUAGUAAUGUCAGCAAACCAGCAGCCACUAACUUGAAGCGUGAGUUUGAUGUGACCUUCAGUGGUGAGAGAACACUGGUGCUUGCAACAAGCAAAGAUGAUUGUAUACUACUAAUUAAUGGAAUGACUGGAGAGACCUUAUCACAGAUCAGAGCACAGGACAAUUGUGUUACGUGCUGCUGUCUCAGUACUGACUAUCAGCUAGCAGCUAUUGGGCAUAGAGAUGGAAAAGUAAAGAUUUUAGAUUUAUCCGGCGGUGAAAUCCUUCAUAAACUGGAUGGUCACAGAGACACAGUUCAGCAUUGCCAGUUCACUGCAGAUGGAAAACUCCUUGUUUCAAGCUCUGAUGAUUGCACUGUUCGAGUCUGGAACUUGGUAUCUGGAAAGAACUUAGAAUUAUGUGGACACAAAGAACCUGUAAAAUUCUUCAAGAUUUUACAAGAGUCAAAAGUCUUUUCUUGGUCUUUUGAUGGAACAGUCAAGGUAUGGAAUCUCCUCACUGGGCAGCUCAUAAAAGAGUUUAUUUGCCAUUCUGCAACAGUUCUGGCUUGUGAUAUCUCACCUGACUCCACCAAAUUUUCAUCUGCCUCUACUGAUAAAAGUGCCAAGAUAUGGAGCUUAGAUAACUGUGCCCUCCUCCAUGAAUUGAAUAAACACCAAAGCUGUGUACGAUGCUGUCGGUUUUCAUGGGAUAACCAGUAUUUGGCAACCGGUGAUGACAGUGGUAAAAUUAUGAUUUGGAGUGUGCAGAAUGGAGAGCUGCUAAGAGAGUGUUGUGACGUAUCAGUGAAUAAUGAAAACAGUCUGCAUGAUGGUUGGGUGACAGAUCUACACUUCUCUCCUGACAACAAGCUAAUUGUAUCCUCUGGGGCAAAUAUCAAGUGGUGGGAAGUGGACACUGGAGCCUGCAAACAGACAUUCUACACAAUUGGCACAAAUCUCAAAUCCAUCCAUGUAUGUUCUAUAUUUAGAACCUUUGUAACAAUUGACAAUCUGGGAAUUCUGUAUGUGCUGCAGCUAAUAGAGUGAUAAUGGUACAUGAUGUGCAUUAAAUAAACGGUGCCAUUAGGUUCCUUUGAUAAUCUGCUGUGUGCAACAUUAAGUAAACUGAGGAUAAACCUUGAGGGAAUCUCAGCUUAGCACAGCUCUCAAAUACAGCAUGCUGGGUUUUUCAAUUGCCAUUUAGUGGUAGGUGGAGUGGAGUAAAAGAGAAUGUCACUCCCAGUCAUUGUUUUUUGUUUGUUUGAUCAUUAACCGACUGUAUUUCAGCACGGUGCCGGCAAAGGGAACACAGAUCAGACUUUGUAACCUGGAUGAAAGCCAUUUGUUGCCUGGUGCUAUCUUAUUUCUUGAUACUUGAAUGUAUCGCAUAGAUCAGGGAUGUUAACCUGCAGGCCUCAAGCUGUUGUUUAACUAAAAUUCUUAGUGGUGAGAUUAUAAAGCAGCUGAAGGAUUCCUGAAACAGACAGUCUGAUGUUAGCAUCAACAAUUCACAAUUUUUAAUUACUUAAUUAAAGGGGUACUUAAGCUGUGAAAUGCCUAUUUUACAUAAACUUUGCUCAGAAGAUCUUUCUAAAUCCAGUGGGAAAAUGUGUACAAGCAGAGAUCAGGCCUGUGAAGCCAUAUUUACCAAAAUAAACCAUUCUAAUAAUUACUCCUGAAGUGGUUGCUCAUGUGGAGCAGUUACACGCAUGACAUCUAACCAUUUGUCAAGCAAAAUGACAGGCUGCCAGCAACAUUGCUCCUGUGUUUCUGUGUUUAAGGUGGAGCUAUAGGAGCAAUGUGUUGCCUAGCAAUGUUCUCUUCUUGAAGCACUUUUGGCAGCAAGCAAGAGGUUAAACCAGCUCAUCUUGCAUAUAUCUCAUUCAGUGUUUGGGGAUCAUUUGGCAUGCCACCUAGAUAAAAGAGUUAAAUAGUCCAGGGAAGGCACCAUAAUUAAUUGCAAGAGCCUACUGCCUUAAUGGAUGCCAAUGCAAUUAAGAUUCCAGUAUUCAUAGACUACUGUGAAGCACUUAAAACCAUUUUCUAUUGAUAAUGUAUUUUCUAUUUUUUCUAAUGUGCCUACAUUCCUGAAUAAAUGAAUUACUUGUG